UAUAAUUCGAUAUUCGAUUCUCAGUCCUACGUCGUACUCAGUGCUUAGUGUAAAUAAGCAGUUGUAAAUUGAUUGUAUGUGAUUAAUUGAUCAUAAAAACAACCUACUGACAAUUGUAAAUUCCUAGAAUUUACCGAUUCUAAUUACCUCUAUUUAAAAUGUUUGUUUAAAUUUUUUUUAACGGUUUUACUUCAAUAUCCCUGACAUUUUUUCAUGUCAAUAAAUUUAUAUAUAUAUAUAUUUAUAUAUAUAUAUUGAUCGCAAAUAAAUAAAUACAUAAGUUAAAAGCGUAAUAUCGCUUUUUAAAUAAAAAAUAAACAGAGAUCAAGAUAAAAGUAUUGAGUUAUAAGUAAAUAUGGUUCUCUCUCAAUGUUUCGGUGUAAUAAAAUACACCCUUGUAUUUGUCAAUCUUAUAUUUUGGGUUCUUGGCUUGACUGCAGUGGGCUUCGGAACAUGGAUGCUUGUGGACCACACAUUUAUUUUGUCUUUGACUCAAGAACAGCAUAAUUAUUACGCAGGACUGUACAUUACACUGGUAGCUGGUGCUCUAUUAUUAAUAGUAGCAUUUCUAGGAUGUUGUGGAGCUUUUCGCGAAUCUCAAUGCAUGCUCGUUGGCUUCUUCAGUUGCCUACUUGUCGUUGUCGUAACUCAGAUUGCAGCUGGAGCUUGGUUGUAUACCAAUCGUGAUCGUAUUGAACCUCUGGUUAAAACUUCUUUUAUGAGUACCGUUAAAAAUGAAUAUGGAGAAAUAGAGGAUCGCACUCGUACUGUCGAUUCCAUUCAAGAAAAUCUGCAAUGUUGUGGUGCCAAUGGUCCUAGUGAUUGGACCAGCUCAAAAUAUGGUAACUCAAAUGGUCCGUUAAGUCUCACUGUGUCUAGUCCGAAAAAUGAUUAUAUUGUUCCUGAAUCCUGCUGCAAAGUAAAAGACACUAAACUUUGCAACGACGCACGUAAAAUCAAAAUCGGCGGUAUUGUGCCGCCAGAAAUUUACUCUCAAGGCUGCGUUGAUAAGCUGAGUGAUGUUUUCAGCAGCCAAGGCUUCUUUGUUCUUAUAAUAAUAAUCAUACUCUGUGUUGUAGAGUUAAUUGGUCUGAUAUUUUCGCUUAUUCUCUGCUGUGCUAUCGGUUCAUCUGAUCGAUACAAAGCUUAGAAACAAAAAAAGUGCAUAUAAUAUUAUAAAAAUUAUAACUAACCAUUCAUGGAUCCAUGUCUCUCCUACGUACCAUCGGUAUAAUACUCGUAGUCUUUGUACUACAACUGAUAGUUUUAUUUUUUCUAUGAAAUUUUUUUUCGUAAAAAGUUAAGUUUCGAAAGUUAUUUUUACUGAAAGCCACAAUUUUAUACAUUUGUUUAAAUUAUUUUUUAUGACUUCUUUAAGAGUACCUGUCUUCAAUAGAUAAGUGAACAAAGUAAAAUUUAAAAUAUUUAAAUAAUAAUAAUUUUUUUUUCGGGCGGAGGAAAAAGGAGAGUUGAGAAUCAUCUCUGAUUAAAAACUUCGAUUGAAACUCAAUCGGAUUUCUAUCAGAUCCAACCGGAAAUAAACAUUCAAUCAGAAUUGACCGUAAGCGUUCCAAGUAUCCGGGAAUUUUUCCGAGAGAUUGAAUCAGAUUUUAUCGGAAAAUAAAAAUUUUUUAAAAAUUAUAUUCCAAUUAAAUCCGACUAAGAUUUUUUUAAGGAGGUUCGACCGAAACUAGUGAGUCAAAGUAGUGUUUGAAUUUUUCCGUUUGCUAAAUUCUCCUAAUAGUUAUAAAAAUUCAUUAUUUUAAUUUAUAAUAACAUAACGAAUUCAUAAAUUAAUAUUUAUUACUUAUUUAAUUAAAGAAAGUAAUGAAAUUACUUGGUUAUUUUUGACUUAUAUGAUUUAAUAAAAAGAUUUGGCAACAGCGCGUUCUAACUUCUUACACAUCGAUAUUCAAAUUAAAGCGGGAAAAAUUUAUUUCUAAUCUCGUCUCUCUUAUUAAUGUAUUUCUAUCUUUGUUUUUUCUCUCAGCAGCUUCCGCGACGAUGCCAAACCCUCAAUAAUAUGUGUCUCUGUCGAUGAACGAGAUUAAAUAAUAAAGUUUAACUUAAAUUAUUUAAAUAAUUACAACAGUAACACUAUAUUGUUAAAAUCUUAUCAUAUUCUAAAAAUAUUCAAGUUUAUGGCAUGUGGGUUUUUAUUUCUUAAACUCGGGAGGUUAAUAAUGAAAAAAAUCUAAUAAGUCAUGACGGAAGCUUGUCCGCCAUAAGAGUCUGUGUAUAAGAACUUAAAAACGUCAUUUUUAAAUCUUUUUUUCUAAAAAACUAGACGGUGGAUCAUUCAAAUUUUUAGAAUACAUAGAUAAAGUACUUCUUUACAUGUAUACUAAGUUUCAAAUCUUAAAUUUGGAAAAUCCUUUUACAUUAGAUUCGGUCGAACCUCCUUAAUCAGAUUCAAUUGGAAUCGUGAUUUUUCCAAUUUUAGAGUAACUUUCAAACAGAUUCAUUCGGAAAUUUCCGAUUAGAAUUUUCCAAUCGGGUUCAAUCGGAGUUUUUAAUCAGAGAUAUUGAAUGUGUUAAUUUUUCUACCAAAGAUUCAAAGAUUUAAAUUUUAUUAAUGAUUGUGAAGUCUCGAAAGUUGCAUUCCUUUUGAGAUUAAAUAAUAAAUAUUUAAUAAGUCAAGUUUUCGCACAAACUUGCCAAAAGAUUUACAAAAAAGAUAUUUAACAACAAAUAAUAAGAAAAAAAUUUCUUAAAUGUGAAAUAUCCUAUUGUUUGAUAAAAUUUUUUUUAAAUUUAUUUGUACUUCUCAUUAAUUUUAUUGAGGGUAAAAAAUAUUUAAUAAAUUUACCCACUGAACUGAUAAAAAGUAUCUCUAUAAAAGAUGCAAUUUUUGAUGAAUUUUUUUCUCUUUACCAGAACUAUGUAGUUAUAAAAUCGUAAUUAAUUAUUUAUGUAAGAAAAGUAUAUACAUUUAUUAUAUUAAUGUAUUAAUUAUCCAAAUAUUUUUGUAUUUAUUUCGUAUGUUAGUUGAGCUUUUGUUUUUUUAUUUUCAUUUUGUUUUAUUAAAUAAAAACAAAUAAUCUUUUCGAUGAGU